UACACACACACAGGGGCAGGGAAAAGUGCAGGGCUGGGGACAGCGAGAAGGAAAAAAAAAACACAAGAAGCUUCUGGUUUUUCUUUCAAACAUUCCCGCUGCAUCAUUGCAACAUAAAAACCGGCGUUCCAUGUGCACACACUCACACACACACUCUGGCACGCACAGUCGAGAAGGAUCAACUAACAUCAGCUUCUCCCGUCGCACCUGGGACACUUGAACAGAAGCACUCAGAAGGUGGUCUUCUCAGAACUUGAGAGAGAGUUUUGCUCUUAAGAUCACAAACCCACAUUCAGGUGUGGUGUGUGCUGAGAGCAGGUGAAGGAGGACCUGCCAGCACUACUUUCUCCCUGUCUCCCUUAGGUGUGUGCAAGGAGCUUCACCUGCCAGCUUCGCCCUGAUGUCAAACGAGGAGUGCCGCUCGCCCAUCGGCUUGGACUGCUGCAGCUGCUGUCUGGAUCUGGCCAAUGGCUGCGAGCCUGAGUCGGGCCAGCCGGGCCACACAAGUCUGGGCAGUCCCACUUCGAUCAACCACUUCAGACAGCUACGGGACCAGCUUCACUUUCAGAACCUCAACACAGAUAAGCUGAACAACAUCAUGAGACAGGACUCCCUGGAGUCGGUGGUCCGAGACCCAUGCUACCUGCUCAAUGAGGGCAUCUGCAACAGCAACAUUGACCAAACGAUGCUAUCCAUUCUGCUGUUCUUCCACAGUGCCUCCGGCGCAAGCGUAGUGGCAAUUGACAACAAGAUCGAACAAGCAAUGGAUCUUGUAAAGAAUCACUUAAUGUAUGCUGUCAGGGAGGAAGUGGAGAUCUUGAAAGAGCAGAUCAAGGAGCUGGCAGAGAAGAACAACCAGUUGGAGCGUGAGAAUAGCCUGCUGAAGAAUCUGGCGAGCCCCGAGCAGCUAGAAAAGUUUCAGUCACGGCUGCCCUCAGAGUCCAGCCUCCCCCUGGAGCCCCUGGGCUCCCCCGAGGAUGGCGACCGCCAGUACAGCAGCAUGGGAUCUGCUGUAUAAGUGGCUCUGCCAAAGGGGCGGGCAGAGCCACAGCUCUCACCUGAAAUGGACCUUCAGAUAUGCAGCUUCAUGUUGAAGCUGGCUGUAUCGACGAAACCUGAAAAAAGCAUUACGAUGUACCAGUGGCCUAGUCUUCUGUAAUAUCCGACAAUCUCUUCGGACUGAUGUGGAAAAGAGAGAGUGAAGUAGAUGUCAGAGGUUACUGUACAACGGGACUGAUGAGCCCCCUGCUUGAAGGGGGCCCAGCCUUGCUUUCCCUUGGCUCCUCUCAUGAAGAGAAGGAGAGGGCUUUGCCUGAUGGAGCUGGCCCAGAGAGAAACGCAUCCUAGGCCGAUCCAAGUCAAGCCAAGGAAAUGUACAUCCCCAAAAGAUGCCCCCAAAGUCUCACAGGUUUUUAGCUGGAGUUCUCAACUCUGAUGCAAGCUAUAUGGGGUCAGAUAUUGUCCCUGCCUUGUGUGACUGCUCACAUUCAUACCCUCAAUGUCAAUAGAGCUAUGGCUAUUUUUAGCUAUUGCAGUUAAGGACUUUUGAGAUGGUCCUUUCUUGCACAGUGGUGACUUCUGCUUGUAUCGCUGCAGAUGGGGCCUGCUGCUUGUAUGGGGAUUAUUGCUUGUUUGUGUUUUGAAAUGGAACAAAUCUACCUGUUUAUAUGGGCUGUGUGAAACGGUGAUUUUUAUUUUUUAUUUUGUGGGAAUGAAAAUCUGUAUACAUUUGCAUAGUUCUGUAAAUUAGCAACUGAUGUAAAGCCAAAUGUUCUGAAAUGGAGGCACGUGUGGAUAUUGUUGCUGAGAAUGUGACAUGUUCUGUUGACUUUCGAUGCCAACCAACUAAUUGGCACGACAUUGUAUAAAGAUGGCCAUAUGUUUAUGAACUUUUAGUUUUCUAACUACCAAAGACUUGCCUAAUACUCACAAACCAACAGGACCAUGUGUAACUUUUCACAGGGAGAAGUUUUUUUGACAGCAGUCUUUUUGAAACAUGGGUAUUGUUGCUUUUUUUUUGUGUCCACGGUAUUUUCUUUUUUUUCACAAUUUAUGGAUGCAAAAUGCACAUUGCAAUAAACCUUUGUUUACACUAA